UCAAUUUGACAUAAGCAAAAACAUUGAAAGAAUAAUAGAAUUAUGAAAUAUCACAUUUACUUUAAUUAAUACAUUUAUAAUUUUGAUAUGAACUGUAAAACAUUAAAAUCCAUUAAUUAGAAAUCAUAAAUUUGUAUUUUGUUUAUAAACGUAAUUUAAGGAAGGGUUGUUGAAGAUGACGACAAAUGUGCGCGCUUCGGUGUCGCAGAUAUUGCGAAACAAAGAUGAAGGCGGCGAUGAUGAGGAAGAGCCAAAGAAAAAAUCAAGGGAGGACUGGAGAAAAGCUAAGGAGUUAGAAGAAGCGCGUAAGGCCGGAACUGCGCCAGCGGCGGUCGACGAAACAGGGAAGGACAUAAAUCCUCACAUUCCCCAAUACAUAUCGUCCGCGCCGUGGUACUAUGGCACGGCGGGCCCCACGCUCAAGCAUCAACGGCCGCAAGCCGACCGGGAGGGACAGUUCACUAAACUUGACACAUAUUACAAUAAAGGAGUUGAUGAUACGAAAGUAGCAACGAAAUUUAGAAAGGGUGCCUGUGAAAAUUGUGGAGCAUUGACACAUAAGAAGAAAGAUUGUCUGGAGCGCCCGAGGAAGAUUGGUGCAAGAUUCACAAAUGCAGCAAUAGCACCAGAUGAGUUUAACCAGCCCGACCUGAACUUGAGCUAUGAUGGUAAACGGGACAGGUGGAAUGGCUACGAUCCUGAACAACACAAAGCUAUCAUAGAGGAGUACCAGAAAGUUGAGGAAGCUAAGAGGGAACUGAGGGCUAAGAAACUAGAACAGGAUCCAACAGCCACAGAGGGGGAUGACAAUGAGGAGGAGGAUGAGGACAAGUAUGUGGACGAGGUGGACAUGCCCGGCACAAAGGUGGACUCCAAGCAACGUAUUACAGUGAGAAACUUACGUAUCAGAGAAGACACGGCCAAAUACCUCAGGAAUUUGGAUCCCAAUUCCGCUUACUAUGACCCCAAGACUCGUUCGAUGAGGGACAAUCCCAACCCGAGUGCAGCCGAGUCGGAGUACCUCGGGGAGAACUUCGUGCGGUUCACGGGCGACACGCGCGCGCAGGGCGCCGCGCAGGUGUUCGCGUGGGAGGCGCACGCGCGCGGCCUGGACGUGCACCUGCUGGCCGAGCCCACCAAGCUGCAGCUGCUGCAGCGCCAGUACGAGGAGCGCAAGCGGCUGCUCAAGACGCAGGUGAAGGAGUCGGUGCUGGAGCGCUACGGCGGCGCGGAGCACCUGCAGGCGCCGCCGCGCGACCUGCUGCUGGCGCAGAGCGAGGUCUUCACGCGCUACAACCGCGACGGCACGCUCGUGCAGGGCCCGGAGAAGCAGCUCGCCAAGAGCCAGUACGCGGAGGACGAGCUGGUGAACAACCACACGACGGUGUGGGGCUCGCACUGGCGCGACGGCCGCUGGGGCUACAAGUGCUGCCACUCCUUCGUCAAGAUGUCGUACUGCGUGGGCGAGGCGGGCAAGGCCGCGCUGCUGGACGCGCCGCACCCGCCCCACAACGAUACUACAGAUAACAAUCAUAAAGAAAAACCUGCAAAAUCUUCAUCGGAGUCCAGCGCCAGUAGCAGCAGUUCAUCUGAGUCCGAAAGCGACACCAGAACUAAGACGGAGAAGACGAGUAAGAAGAAGAAAAACAAAAAGAAAGCUAAGAAGAAAAAGAAGAAGGACCAGAAGAAAGAAAAGAAAGCCGUUGAUAAAUUGAAGAAGGCGCUGGCGGAGGAGGAGCGCAGCCAGCGCGCGGCGGAGCGCCAGCUGGCGGCGGACGAGCGCAAGCGGCCCUACAACAGCAUGUACGAGGUGCAGGCGCCCUCGGACCACCAGAUGGAGGCCUACCUAAUGAAGCGCAAGCGGGAAGAGGACCCCAUGUCACAAUUUUUGUAAAGCAGUCGUAAUAAAACACAUCUAAAAAUUAA